AUGGGGGGGAGGCUGAGGAGGGGGAUCGGGCCCUUCGGGAGGAAGAAGUGCCCGCCGGAGCCUGCGCCGGCUGCCACGAGCGCGGCGGCGGCGCCGCCUUCUUCGCCGGACUCGGUGCUCGCGCGACUCGACCAGAUCGACCUCCGUGUAAGCUACACCUUCUGUCUUCUUCUCCCUUCUUCUCCGUUAUUUUCUCUCUGUGACAAUCCCUCCGCCAUCACGAGGCAGCUCAGGCAGCUGGAGCAAAACCAGAUAGCGAGGCCGCCACCGCCGAUGCUACCGCCGGUGCCUGAGAGCUACUUCUCUGCCGACCUGAGGAAGGCGGCGGAGGCUGCGAGCUUAAGCUACAAUCUGCAGAAGCAGCAGCAGCAGCAGAAACUGAGCAAGGAUCGUCGACAGCAGAAGCCUCCGGCGUCGUCUUCCAUGUCAUCGGCCAUUCGCGAGGUCUGCCUCAGGGGGAACCUCAUGGACCGCCUCGGGCUUCUCGAGAGCCGCAUCCUGCAAGUACGGUGCACGUCUGCAGGAUGGAAACCAGAUUCUUUCUCCUCUCUCUCUCUCUCUCUCUCUCUCUCCGUCUCCGUAUUCGAGAGGAGGCUGAGCCCGUGAGGAUGUUUCCAGCUGAGCUUCGAGCUGGGGGAUCGGAGCAGCAGCAGCGGCGCGAGUUCUUCGUCCACGAGGAUGACGUCGUCCGGUGAGAGCGCGUGGGCGGUGCAGUCGGCCUCGUCCUCCGCGGAGGAGAAGCGAGUCGCCGUCGCCGCUGCCUCCUCGUCCCGGAGGCUCGCCGUGGGGUUGGCCCCAUGGAAGCUGGGCCUUGGCCACAGGCUUCAUCGGCGCAUGUCCAGGAGGAGGAAGGUGCAUGCCAACCUCUCUCGCUCUUUCUUCCUCUCUCUUCCUCUCUUUUCCUCUCUUUUCCUCUCUCUCUCUCUAUAUAUAUAUAUAUAUCUCAAUCGAUCUGUUUAUCUCUCUCUACCUCUCCCUCUCUGUAUGACUCUUUACCUCUCUCUCUUUCUCUCCCUAUCUAUCUAUAUAUCUAACUCUAUCUCUCUCUAACUCUCCCUCUCUGUAUGAUUCCUUAUCUCUCUCUCUCUCUCUCUCUCUCUCUACCUCUCCGUCUCUGUACGACUCUUCACCUGUCUCUCUCGUCUGUGACUCUGUGCAGGGGAAGGAUCCGAAGGAAGCGCUGGAAGCGGCGGAGAAGAAGGCGAGCGACGUGUGCAAGGAAAACAAGAGCGCUCGGCUCUACAGGAGGUGGUUCCCCGUCGGAUGCUGA